AUGUUGUCGUUUUUGAAAAACUUAGAAGACUCUGAGCGACCCCUUUUGGGUCCUAACUAUUGGAUUCUCAAAAAAAUGGGUUUACUGCUACCUAAAAAUAAGAUUAGCAAAAUCUUUUACAUACUAGUUCACGAAAUCGUCACUCUCUUUGUCGUUUCCCAGUAUAUGGAGCUGUACGUGAUAAGAUCAGAUCUGGAUCUUGUAUUAACCAACCUAAAGAUAUCAAUGUUGAGCGUCGUGUGUGUUGUGAAAGUGAACACAUUCGUUUUCUGGCAAAGCGACUGGAAACAAGUCCUCGAAUACGUUACAAAAGCCGAUAUGUUUGAGAGACAGAACCAAGAUGUUCCUAAAUCUAACAUAAUUAAUUCGUAUACAAAAUAUUGCCGUCGAUUGACACACUUUUACUGGGGUUUAGUCUUUACAACUUUUUUAACUACGACCAAUACACCCUUUAUGCGCUAUUUAUCGUCGUCAAAUUUUAGGAACAAUUUUGCUAAUGGAACUGAAAUGUUUCCUCAUAUCUUUAGUUCUUGGAUGCCGUUUAAUAAGAACCAUUCUCCUGGAUGCUGGAUCACCAUUCUUUGGCAUGUACUUUUGUGUGCUUAUGGAGCUGCUAUUAUGGCUGCCUAUGAUACAUGUGUCGUGGUCAUCAUGGUUUUUUUUGGAGGAAAACUUUAUUUGUUACGAGAGAGGUGCAGUAAUAUGUUUAAAAAUAGCGAUGAAAAUGCAUCAGAAGCUACCGUCAAACAAUUGCACGGAAUACACAUUCAGCUUAUAAAAUAUUCAAGAUUAUUUAAUUCCCUGCUAUCGCCGGUGAUGUUUUUCUACAUGGUGAUGUGCUCGCUGAUGCUUUGCGCUAGUGCUUACCAACUUACCUCUGCAACAAACGCUGCGCAGAAGCUGUUGAUGGCGGAAUAUCUUGUGUUUGGUGUUGCUCAGUUAUUUCUAUUUUGCUGGCACAGUAACGAUGUUUUAAUUAAAAACGAAAAUGUUACACUGGGCCCUUAUGAAAGUAACUGGUGGUCGGCAAGUCUUCGGCAAAAGAAGAACGUGCUAAUACUGUCGGUGUUUUUUCUUGUAGUAUUGAGUGAUAGCAGUGUUGAUAUGGAAAACCAGAAUCCUCAAGAAAGAAGUUUGCCGGUGCAGUAUGUUCGCGGCUCGAGAGCAUUCCGACAAUUUAAGAAUCCGCCCCAACCUCAUAUGUGUAUACAGGACACAGUGAAAGAUACAUCCGAAAAACUGUAUAUAAACGUGCUGGGAUGGCAGAAGAUAGCGAAUCCAAAGCAGUAUUCCGACCCCAUUCCUUUGUACGGUGGAAUGCAGGUCCCGCAGAACUGUGGUCUGAAUAGCAACAAGCCACCAAUGCUUGUGUUUGCUGUUAUGGUCAAUCCAGAUAUAUUGAAAGCCAAUGGGAAAAAUGCUAGUAGUCCCACUGAUAGAGAAGCUUUAGUCAGUCUUCUCUGUGAUUUCGUAGAGGCUAUGAACCCUGGACUGGUGCUGGCACGAAACCCAGUUAUAUUGAAAGAUCGAGAUUUAGCUGGUGAGCUGAAAGAUGUAUGGCUCGCCGUGCAGAACAAACGUGAGAGGGAGAAAGGGAUGAAUCAGGAUGUAAUGUACAAGGUCUAUGAUAUUGAUGGCAUAGGCGGCGAAGAUAUAAAUGAAGAUGAAAAACUAAACAAUAGAAAUUGCAAACCAGACUCUGGAACGAACAGAGCAAAUGAUAAAAAGAACCCAGUGAAAUCAUCAAAACAAAUUCUCAUGAAUGCAGGACAAAAGUCAGAGUUUGAUUCCGGCAUGAAUAACUGUCAGCUUAAUCAGACGACCAGAGAAAACAGGUGUGGGAGCAGCGCGGACACCACGUACUGCACGCCGGUCUACGGGCAGAUAGUGUCCACACGAGAAAAUCACAACCAAAUCAACGACAUACAACAAAAAUUUUCGUCAAAUGAGACCAAACCGUCAAGCUCUUUUAGAAAAGACUGGAAUGCUAUGCACGGGAAGACCACGGAAGGCUGGGACGAGUACUCCAAACGCAACAUAUCUUCAUUGAAAGACGAAAGGAAGAAAUGCGUGAAAGACAAGGCAAGGAUAAGCAACGGUAAAUCUCACUACGACUUUUUUCCAUAUUUCGACAAUAAAUCAUCUGUGAGAGACGCGAACGCAACCGAUGGCGAGACUAAAGUAAUGAAUGACGACAGUUCUAAAAUUAUUGUAGAACCAAUGCAGAAAUUAGUUCUGCACGCGACUGAUAAUAAGAUAUGUGAUAAUAACGCAAGUGCUCUCAACACUAUAAGCUCAUAAUUGUAUAGCAUUUACAAAUUUUUUGUACGACGCGUUUGUUGGACAUUUGCUUACGACGUUCUCGGUAUAUGAAUAGUAAUGUUAGCAAUAUAUGAUAGGAAAUGUUGAAAAUUAACACUAAAUAGCUUAAGGUAAUCAAAAAUACUCAACAGCGUUCUAUAAUACCAUACUUUUAAAAAUAUAAAUUAUUAGAUGUGCAAUACAAAAGAUAACAAUACAUUUUUACAAUAAAUUAUCAGUGUUGGACAUAUUAUCAGAAGAAAUUAACCCUAAACUGUAAAUUGCCUGCCAGCUAAACGAUUGAUAGUUUUACUGCAUUUGUACAUACAGUAAAUAAAUCAGUCCAAUCCGUUGACAAUCAAACAUUAACUACAUUUGCUAACCAAAAGAAUUAUCUGAAGGUCAUAGAAUUAUACAAAUUCAUUCCAAUUCAAUAUAGAGAUUGUUUAUCUCAGUUAACCUUAAUAUUAAUAAAUAUGUUUUGUUAAUUGACUGGGGAUGACUGAAUAAUAUGAAAAACUAACAUUUAUAUAACCAUCAUGUUACAGAUGAUAUAACAUUUUAUUAUUAUAAUAUUUUCAAGUUGUGAUUAUUUACCUAACAUAAAAUAAGUAUUUUUAAAAUAUUGCUAAUCCAGUUGUGGAUUUUUGAUUCGUAGCUUAAUGUUUUAGAUUAAACAUAGUUUCUUAUAAAUUAAAAAUUUUGCUAUUUUACUCAGAGCAGCUACAUUUUGAUAUUUCCUGUUAAUAUUUUUUUUAUUUACUUUUAUGACAUUUAUAUGUUGCAAUAUUAUAUUAAUUACAUCAGAUUUAUAAAUACGUUGAGUUCAGACACAUGUCUAUAUCAUAAUAAAUCCAAUAACAAAGAAUAUUUUGACCCAAUAACGAUUAUCAAAAUAAAUAAAUAUAAUAUAGGAACUAAAAUCAGCAUUAAUAACAUAUAUUUUGAAAUACCUAAGUAUAUCAACGCUCACAACGUAUACUAUACAGUAAAGAUAUGUGUGAAUAGGCAACCGUGCCUCAAACAGCGCGUAAUACGCUCCGGUACUGCAACUGUUGCUGCAACAGCUCGCGCGCUUUACGUACAAGUAGUUCGUUAAUUAAGUCGCGGGACGGUUGCGAUGUGCGCGCGGUAAUACGUAUAAGUAUAACAAAAGUAUUUCGGUAUUACAAACAUAUCGUGCGCACUUCACGCCUAUCUCGUGGACCUUGUUUGAGUUGCGCAAUACAGUAUCAGUUACAGCAACGGCGCGUUCGGCUAACGUGCGCCAAUUUAAACACAUCCAAAAAAAAUGGCCCAAAUUGUUUUUUCUUUAUCGUAUCCGACAGUAAAUUAGACUAAUAUUAAUGAUAAAGACACCACUGUGUGUUAAUUAAAAAAUGACAUUAGUAUACAAAUUACCAGAUUAUGUAUUGAGUGAAUAUAGAUAUAAAUGUUUAAUUGUCUAGCCAACAUUUACAUUCAAUCAGAUGCUCCUCAACAACAGUUAAAGGUUUGAUUUCCCUCUCGCCUAAAGAGGAAUCAGGGUAUAUUAAAGAAAUCAUUUUUGAUUUCUGCAAUCUUCUCGGUAACAUUCUCUUGCUACAUACACUGCCUCACGAAAUCAGCAUCCUAAUUUAACUGUUACUUCUAGUCUACCUACUGAAUUAACUGAUCAAGAACAAUACAAUUAGAUCUUAAGUUUUUCAUAAACAUUUAUAUCUAAAUAUCAUAUAACGAUAUGUUUAAUUCUCUUGAUCAUGAGAAUCUGGUAACUAUUGUUGUCUGGUGCGUGAAUGAUUAAAACGAGAUAUGAUGCUAUUAUAGUGUUGCCAAUAUGAUAUUGUGAAAUACGUGACAUUUUUGCUAUAACGUUUUCAUUGUUGUCAAAUUAAUGUAAAUUUUUAUCCUGAGCUUGUUGAAUUAGGUUAACGCGUGUAUGGCAAAUAUUUGAUGAUAUAAUGUGUGAUUGGAUCCAAUGUUGAUUGCCGUUGUUGGGUAUUUGACUAUUACUGGUUAUACGACAUCUGUGUGUUUGGUUAUUUAUGUCAGAAAAUAUUUCAGAUAUAUAAAUGAAUCUUUUCUAGUCGAAUUUUGGGUAUGGCGCAAGACCAUGCAGGUACGCAGGAAAUAUAGUGCACGAGUGUGUGCGCAAUACACAGGUGCACUCUUUUCCAUCACACUCAUAGACCGGUGGAGACGGCUAUCCGACAUGUCCAGAGAGAAAUCAUGCGCAGGACCAACGGUUUUACGCGCUUAUAGAAAUAUACAAUGCUGACAACGAAAUAAAUACAAAUAUUGCUUCUUGUGUGCUUCUUCCUGAGUUAAUAAUGGAAUGUAUCACAUAUCUUGCCUAAAAGUCCCUUUAUUAUGUUAUAACCUAUGGUAUAGAUUAUAUUAUAGAAAACAUUAUUUUUAGGCAGUAAUAGUUGAUGUUACUUAAAAAGGUCCCAAGUCACAAGUAAUUUAUUUUUAAUAAUUGGGAUUUCAUAUCAUACUUAUUUUGUAGUAUUUCUUUUAUUUAAAUUACGUUCAAACUAAAGUGGUAGUCAAAUACCUAAUUGCAUAUUUUAAAAGGUAAUUUUUUAUUCAAAUCUCUUUGCACCGAAAUUUUAUGUGUGAAUUCAGAUGUAUUUGGAAUGUACAAAUAUAUUAUGAAUCUCAUUUUAUCUUGGUAAAUGUUCUAUUGUAAAUUAUUGAAUUAUCGGAUCCAAAAUUAUUGAAUAUAUUGGCCUGUUAUAUGAAUAGACCAAUUAACGCUAGUUGCGAUAGCGUUAUAACUUUAAUUAUAUAAAUAUUAGCGAACAAAGAAAGCAUUUAAAAUGCCAUACUACAGUAAAUUAUGAAUUAAAUAAUUCGAUUCAAUAAAAUUAUUGCUCAUUGUAAUUUAAUUUAAAUUUGACGUGAAAUAUAAAUAUAAUAAUUAAUUUCAAUUGCAGUAACAAUACAUCUUGAAGUUUUUAUUUGAUGUGAUCUCUCGGUCAUAAUGACGCCUGUUCGCGUACCAAACACUGCCAUUGAUGCUUGCGUAGGGCAAAAAGAUAAAAGCUACAUUAUAAACGGAUUGCUAGCAAUACUUAAUAACAAUUAUUUGAAACCAUUGGUAUGAAAACAACAGGAAGCAAUGCAAAAUACUGGUCAAUAUACUUUGUUCAAACCUAUUUACCAUCAUUUUAGAAUCCAGGUUACAAAGAUUCAACAUUAAUUUUGAAUUUAAUUUUAUAGAAACUGAUCCAUUGCGAUAAUCGCAAAUGAAAUGACACAUUGAACAGGAAAUGUCGCUUUUAUCUUAUGCCGAAGUAUAAUUUAGAGAAACCAAGACAUUGUUCCAUCUCCAAGAUAAUAUUAGAAUAACGCUAUGUGUAGAUUUUUAUAAUGGUUGUAUCGUGAUUUGUAAACCCAGUCUUAGUAGGACUAUGUUUGUGUGCAAUCCUGUGGUUCUUUUAUUUUUUUUAAUAGUAUUUAGUAUUUUCGUUUACACUAGUUAUGUCUGACUGUUUUCCACGCGCAGAGAUCUCAGUUACAUAUAUUUUCUGAUUCGUGUCACAUUUUGUCAUGAUGUUGGGUUUACUUGUGUCUUAGGCAGUUGUGCGGUUAUGGAUUUUCAAUUUUGUCAGCAUUGGUGCCAAAAAACAAAUAGUUUAUAUCAUACAGAUGAAUUAUAAAAAAAAAACAAUCUUGUGAAGGAAUAAUUUAGGCCACUUUAAUAUGGAGAUUAUUGAGGUACCUACUUAUACUUAAUAAAUUCUCUUGUUGUCUAUGUAAUAUGUGCAGUGUGUUUUAUCGCGACCGAAUUAAUUACAGUAUAAUAUUUUAUAUUCAAUACACUUAGUAAAAAAAAAUGUGGAGGGAUCAGAGGAGACUUGCACCUCAUUGAAUAUUGGCAUAAACUUUUUUGUUGUAUGAAUUUUUUUAAGGCUCAUCAUACCGCCAACAUAAUAGACACAAGAAAAUCAAUGUACAUUUUAAUUCAAUGUGUAUAUUUUUCGAAGUGCUACAUUUUAAAUUUAAUAUUUUAUAAUUUGAUCAAAAGUAUUCCUUUUAUUAUAAUUCUAAGUAAAUAUAUAGGGUGAUUCUUUUCGAAAGUUAGUUUCAUUUAAUGCUAUUUAAAAUAAAUUUAAUUUUAUAUAAUAUCUAUUGUAUUUUCUUUGUAAAUAAUAUUACUUAAGUUUCUGUCACUUAAAACAAACGUAAGAAUAACCGAUAGUUAUUAUUAUGUUGCUGAUGAUUAUUUGUAAAUAUAAAGUAAACAAAAAAAUACGAAAUUAAAAUGGUGCCUUGGUGUAACGUACUACAUAAAUUACUACUCUUUUUUAACAUUUAUAAUGUGAAUGAAAAUAAUUAAUAUAAAUUCAUUCUAUUAGAAAAGAUGCACAUCAAAGGAAUAAUAUAAAAGAUAAAUCAGCUUUCGGAAAAAUCGCCCUAGAUAUUUUUUUAUAGUGAUUUGCUGUGCACUAGGUACAGAACACCUGUGCCCAAAUAUGUUCCUUUUAUAUAAGAUUUAUUUUAAUAAUUUGUAUAAUAUAAUUGUAUUGCUUAUUGGAGUUUUUAAAACUAUUUUAAUUAUAAUACAUAUUUACGACUUAAAUAUCUUUAUGGCGUGAAAUAGUUAACGAUUACAGUGUGUGUAAUAUAAUAUAAAAACAUUUAGUUAGGUGAAAAUAUAAGAGGGGGCAUGUCAGGAUAAUGCAACAUAUCACUCGUUUGAUCUUAUGUUAAAUUAAAUAAUGCGCAGGCACGUGACUAUACUAUUGACCAUCUUAAUGUAUUAUAGGACACCCUGUAGUAUUUCUCUAAAUGAAAACGGAAGCCGUGUGAACAAAUUAUAAGAACUAAUCAUUAUGAAAUCUGUCAUGCGCUCUCUUAUAAUUAAACCUAUCCGCUCUUAUUGUAAUAGAUCAGUAAUUCCACCUCGUUAUGUUACACAUAUUUGAUCGUUAACUACAUUUGAACUUGUGUUGUUAUAAUGUAAAGCAAAUGUAUGUUUAUAAAAUAUCAGUUCUAUUCAAAAUUAAUUGUUACAAAUCAUCGAAAGUAAUCUCUAGUGUUAAACAUUUUUUUUUUUUAAGUAAAUACAAAUAAAUGUGACCCAGUGUUCGUCGUACCUAAUAUAAUGGAAUUUAAUAACAGAUCUCUUGUUUACAGUAUUGAAAAUUACAUGUCAUUUACAAGACUGGU